AAUACAAGAUCAUGAUUUAUUUCUAAAAUUUAUAUCAAUCUCGAAAUGGCUAGCUUUCUAACUCGUCACUUCCCGUGGUUUCCCCGUCCUCGAAAGCUUUAUGGGAAAUGGAGGAUGUGCAUAGACUUUACAAAUUUGAAUGACGCAUGCCCCAAGGGCCGUCACCCGCUACUUAAUGCUGAAAAGCUAGUCGAGCAAGCAGCUGGUCACGAGUAUAUGAGCUUUCUCAAUGUAAUUGUUUUUACUGAUCUACCAUUGAGAAAGAUAUUGCAGAAGCCUGAACUCUUUGGCCGCCUGAUUGGUUGGACCGUAGAACUCAACAACUAUGAUAUCAAGUUUAAGCCCUGCACAACCAUAAAUGAUGGAGUCACAAACGUUGAAAGUUUAAGGGCUGGAGUAGUGUUGAUUGACCUUGAUGGUUUCAAAAGUGAGAAUGUGCUAAGAUUCAAGUUUCAAGCAACUAAUAAUGUUGUUGAGUAUGAAGCACUCAUUUAUGACUUGAAAUUAGUCUUUGAACUCAAGGUGUAGGAUAUAAGGGUCUUUAGCGAUUCCCAGCUCGUUGUGAAUCAAGUUAAUAGCAACUA